AUGGGCAGACCCGAAUUUUCCCCAAGAGGUGGCGCCGGAGGCUUCCGUGGAGGCAGAGGUGGUGAUCGUGGAGGUUUCCGUGGUGGACGCGGCGGAGGUGAUAGAGGAGGCUUCGGUGGAGGUGAUAGAGGCCGUGGUGGUUUCAGAGGAGGUCGUGGUGGCGGAGACCGCGGAGGAUUCGGUGAUCGUGGUGGAUUCGGAGGAAGAGGAUCCCCAAGAGGUGGACGUGGAAGCCCAAGAGGUGGACGUGGAUCUCCAAGAGGUGGCCGCGGAGGUGGCGGAGGAAUGAAAGGAGGAAAGAGCGUUUUCGUCGAGCCUCACAGAUACGAUGGUGUCUUCAUUGCCAAGGGAAAAGAAGAUGCUCUUGCCACUAAGAAUAUGGUUGUUGGAGAAUCUGUAUACGGAGAGAAGCGUGUUUCUGUCGAGGAUUUCAGCGGAACUUCUGUAGAAUACCGUAUCUGGAAUCCCUUCAGAUCCAAAUUGGCUGCUGGUAUGAUGGGAGGUUUAGAAAACAUCCAUAUCGCCCCUGGAACCAAGCUUCUUUAUCUUGGAGCUGCUUCUGGAACAACUGUAUCUCACUGCUCUGAUCUCGUAGGACCCGAUGGAAUCGUGUACGCUGUUGAAUUCUCUCACAGAUCCGGAAGAGAUCUCCUCAACGUUGCCAAGAAACGCCCUAAUAUUGUCCCAAUUGUUGAAGAUGCCCGUCAUCCACACAAAUACAGAAUGCUCGUCGGAAUGGUCGAUACCAUCUUCUCAGAUGUUGCUCAACCAGAUCAAGCUAGAAUCGUUGCCCUCAACGCUCACAAUUUCUUGAAGAAUGGAGGACACGCUGUUAUUUCUAUUAAGGCUAACUGUAUCGACAGUACCGCCGAACCCACUGCUGUUUUCACCGGUGAAGUUAAUAAGCUCAAGGAGGAGAAGUUCAAGCCAAGGGAGCAAGUAACUCUUGAACCUUACGAGCGUGAUCACGCUAUUGUUGUUGCCGAGUACAGACCUAAGGGCAAGAAGCAAUAA